GCACAGAGGAGAGGUCACAGAGGAAGAGAGGGAAACCUCACAGAGCAAGCCUACAGGAGGCAAACAUCAUCAGCAGCAGCCGACUCUUCUGAACUGCACCAAAUUACGCAACACCCUCUUUCAUUCUCUGUCUGCGAUGGCUUCAGCGGGGGUUAGCAGUCUGUGUGUGGCUCUCUGGCUCACUGGACUCAUCUUAAGCAGCAACCUGACAGUGUCGUUUGGGGAUCAGGCCGUGGACUGCUGUUUAUCAGUCAGCAAUCAACCUAUUCCAAGGCAGAUUCUUGCAGGCUAUACUGAGCAAGUCAAAGGUGAUGGAUGCCACAUCCACGCUGUCUUAUUCCGAACCAAGAAGAACAAGGUUCUGUGUGCUCCCCCUGAUGCCCCGUGGAUCAAGGACCGGAAAAACUGGGUGGACAAACUAGUGAAGCAGUGCAAAGAGAAGGAGUUCAAGGGGAAACAAUGUCAAAACGUCAAACCCACGCCUGCUUGAAAGAACGCACAUGGUGGUUAACAGAGCUGGAGGUUAAAGAGAUCAUGGCAGCUAAACAGCUAAAUUAUCAACAUUGUCUUUUCUUUAAUGCCUGAAAAAAAUGUUUCUGCUCUGCAUUGCAAUGUGUCACUUUAUGUUUCAGUAGUAAAAAUAAGCUUUUUUAACUACUUGGAUAUUCCAUUAAUCUGUUUUCUCAGAAACUCUGAAGAUUUGUCAUCAUUAUUGUUCUGUUACUUGUAAGUGAAUCAAUAAAUGAUUGAAGUAUAAGCAA